UUUUUUUUUGUUUCCUGCUUCUAAAUGCCUUCUUGGAAGCAGGAGCUGGACCCGCCUCCAAAGGCGCAGCAGCCACAACAAUCCCUCAGUUCAAAGUUAAGCAACAGUUGCACAACUUUUUAGCAAGCUUUUCAAGCGGCUACUAAUGAGCUGAAAGUCUGGGCGUCUACAAGGGAGAGAGGACGAGAGAGAUCUUCCAGGUCUUCUCAUUGCUGUGAUCUCACUAAACCCCAGUCCCAGCCCCGGCCUAGCUGGGAGUCUUGCCCCUCCCUUGGACCAUGGCUCCCUUCGGAAGAAACUUGUUAAAGACGAGGCAUAAAAGCAGAUCUCCAAUUAAGGACAUGGAUUCAGAAGAGAAGGAAAUUGUGGUUUGGGUUUGCCAAGAAGAAAAGAUUGUAUGUGGGUUAACUAAGCGAACGACCUCUGCUGAUGUGGUUGAAGCUCUGCUUGAGGAACAUGAGGCUACAUUUGGAGACAAAAAGUUUCUUCUGGGGAAGUCGAGUGAUUACUGCAUCUUAGAGAAGUGGAGAGGCUCAGAACGUGCUCUUCCUCCAUUCACCAGAAUCUUGAAGCUUUGGAAAACCUGGGGAGAUGAACAACCUAAUAUGCAGUUUGUUUUGGUUAAGAUAGAUGCUUUUCACCCAGUUCCUUUGUGGAGGACAGCAGAAGCCAAACUGGUACAGAACACGAAAAAAUGGUGGGAAGUCAGCCCAGCAAAUUAUAUGAAGACUUUACCACCUGAUAAACAGAAAAGAAUAGUCCGGAAAACCUUCCGGAAGUUGGCAAAAAUUAAGCAGGACACAGUUUCCCAUGACCGAGAUAGUAUGGAAACACUAGUUCACCUGAUUAUUUCCCAAGACCAUACCAUUCACCAGCAAGUGAAGAGAAUGAAAGAGCUGGAUCUGGAAAUUGAGAAAUGUGAAGCCAAGUUCCAUCUGGAUCAUGUAGAAAAUGAUGGGGAAAAUUAUGUCCAGGAAGCAUACUUAAUGCCCAGUUUGAGUGAAGUUGAACAAAAGCUUGACUUACUUUAUGAUAAAAACCAGAUCCCUGAGGAUCUGAGUGAGAAGGAGGGUAUUUUGCAGCUAGAGGAACAACUCACAUAUUACAGGAUGCUCAUUGACAAACUCUCUGCUGAAAUAGAAAAAGAGGUCCAAAGUGUUUGCAUGGACAUAAACAAAGAUGAGAGUGGGGAAGCUGCAAGUGAAAUGGAAAACUCAAAUCUAGAAAGUGUUAAGUUUCAUUUGGAGAAAAGCAUGAAAGCAGGCUUAGCACUACAUUCUCAUUUGAGUGGCAUCCAAAAGGAGAUUAAAUACAAUGACUCAUUGCUUCAGAUGAAAGCAAAAGAAUAUGAACUCCUAGACCAGGAGUUGAGUUCCCUUCAUAUAAGCAAAAAAGAUUGUUGCCAGGUAGAAGAAAACAGUGGGAAGGAAUCAGAAGUUUCCAGCAGUGGUGAAGAAGUUGUAGCCAUUACGCAAAGAGUGUUUUUCAUAUACACAAAUGACACAGACUCAGACACAGGCAUUAGCUCAAAUCAUAGUCAAGACUCAGAGACAAAUGCUGGAGAUGCAAUGUGGUUGUCAACAUAAUGGGCCUAUGGCUUCUUGCUGACAUGUUGUCGUGUGUAUGUUUGUGUAAUUGAAUAGGAAACUUUCUUUUAACUACAUACAUUAAACAAUGCAAAUCAUUUACAAAGGAUUAGGGAGUUCAUCAAAUGUAGACAUGUAGAAGUUUGUUUUUGAUGACAGUUUUCCACUGUGACUUCAUUAUUAGUGGUGUAAGUGAGAAAAUAUUUAUUAGGAAUGCAGCUCCAGCAGCAAGAAGGGGUAUAGCAAAUCAUUUAGAUAAACUACAAAUGAAAUUGUGAUGUUAGACCGUGAAUACCAUGAAACAUGCACAUGAACAAGUAAAAUUAAAACAUGCUGUAAUAUCUUUGUCAAAUAUAUUUCAAAUUUGAAAUUACAUGAGGGUUACAAUAUUUUAACUAGCAAGGUUCCUUUCAUUGAUAUAAUAUAUCAUCUUUGUAAUUUCCUGAACCCUUCUAUCUCUUAGAGCUUCAGCAAUUGAAGGUAGAAAGCACUGAUCUUGAUGUCAGAUCC